CGGAAGUACGUUUUCUCUCUUUGUGGUUCCUGUAGCUUCCGUUGUGUGAGUCGGGGCCCGGGCUUUGUUACUGAAGGUGUGGUAAUUGUAGGCUGUAGUCACACUGCCCGGUAUGACUUCAUCUAGCAGCCCGUCCCAAGGGAAGAGAGUGUCUGAGCUCCGCGUUAUCGACCUCAAGUCCGAACUAAAGCGAAGGAACUUGGAUGUAACCGGGGUGAAGAACGUGCUGGUGGCCCGGCUGAAGCAGGCCAUUGAAGAAGAAGGAGGGGACCCUGAAAAUAUUGAAUUGAAUUCUGGGGGCGACACUCCAUCAAAAAAGCAAAUGAAAACCAAAGGUAAGAAGCAGGAAGCCGAUGAGUCUGGUUGUGAAGCAUCUAUGGAAGAAGAUUCAUUUAAGGACAUGGAUUCUCAAGAUAUAAGUGAUCAAGAGGUUAUUGAUGAAGUGGAUUCUGAUGAAAAUGAUGAAGAAAACGCUAUCACAGUACAACCUACUGAAGAGAAGAACACUGAGUCAAAGCUUACACAUCCAGAUGAGGACACUAAGAAAGAACCUCAAAACCAAGAUAAUGAAAAUCCAGACAUGCAGGCUUUCUCUGACCAGGAUGUUGUUCCUGAUGAAGGCGACGAGGAUGACAUUGAAAAUAAAGAUAUAACAGGUUCUGGUGAUGGUACACAAGAAGUAUCUAAACCUGUUCAUUCAGAAGAGAAAGGAUCAGAACUGGCUGUGAAAAAAGACAAGGAAGCUAGCACUUCUCUGAAAGAAGCAGAGGACGAUAAUGUGUCUGUCACACUCCAGGCUGAAGAUGCCAUCACGAUCGAUUGUGAUGGAGAUGACCUCCUAGAAACAGGUAAAAAUAUGAAACUUGCAGAUUCGGAGGCAUGCAAGCCAAAGGAUGAGGAGGCGAGUGACCCGAAGGAUGGCCUGGAGGCACAAAAGGAUCAUAUGUCGGAGAACCAAAAAGAUGACAAAGUGGAGAGUGUUAAAGGAGAUGGUGCUAAGAAGGAAUCCAGAGAAGGUUCGAAGAAAGCUGAAUCUGGAGAUAAAGAGAAGGAUUCACAGAAGAAAGGUUCAUCUUCAGGGGCCUCUGGUCAAGCAAAGAGCUCAUCAAAGGAUGCAAAAGAUAGUAAACCUACAUCUAAAGAUGAUAAAGGAAGUAUUAGUGGCACCAGUGGAAGCUCAUUGAGAAAUCUCUGGGUCAGUGGACUUUCAUCAAAUACAAAGGCUGCAGAUUUAAAGAACCUGUUUGGGAAAUAUGGAAAGGUUCUAAGUGCAAAGGUAGUUACCAAUGCCAGGAGUCCAGGGGCAAAAUGCUAUGGGAUUGUCACAAUGUCAUCUAGUGCUGAUAUUUCAAGAUGCAUUUCUCACCUACAUCGCACAGAAUUGCACGGCCAGCAAAUAUCUGUGGAAAAGUGGAAGAGUGAUCCUUCAAAAAGAGAUACAAAAAAAGAAGGUGAUGAAAAAACUGGAUCGGGUAGAACUUCGGGUGAGAGAAAAUCAUCUGGAGGAGACAAAAGUAGCAAACCCUCAAGUUCUGCUAAAAAAGAUGACAGAAAAUCUGACAAGUCAGAAAAGAAAGAUGGCAAAGAUGCUAAAAAAGAAAAUAGUGAUAAUGGAGCAGGUUCUACCCAUGAUCAUGCAGACAAAAAUGAAGAAAGGAAACGACCAGGUAAAAGCCCAGGACAGAUGGUGGUAAUAGAUCAGACAAGAGGGGAUCAGAGUUACAUGCGACCACAAACAAGAAGAGGAAGAUUUGAUAAGAUGAGACCAAGGGAAAGAUUUAUCCCAAACAAAAUGAAAUUCAGGGAUAAAAAGGACAUUUUGACAUUUCAAAAGAUGAAAGCACAAAGACUCAGAGAAAAUGUUGAACGUUUGGAGAGGUUACAGCGAUACCACAGAGCAGUGGAACUGCGCAGACGGAGGGAGAUGGCUGAGAGGGAGCGUCGUGAGAGAGAGCGGGUCCGAAUAAUGAGAGAACGGGAAGAACUUGACCGCUUACAGAGAGAGAGAGAGAGAUUAGAGAUAGAAAGGCAAAAGCUGGAACGUGAAAGAAUGGAGCGUGAACGCCUGGAGAGGGAGCGUAUGCGUAUUGAACAGGAACGGCGCAAAGAGGCUGAGCGCAUUGCACGAGAGAGAGAAGAACUAAGACGUCAGCAAGAACAGCUUCGCUUUGAACAAGAGAAAAGAAAUUCUUUGAAGCGUCCAAGGGAUGUUGACCACAGAAGAGAGAACUUCUGGGGUGAGAACAAGAAAAUGACUAUGGAUACAGAUUCCCGCUUUAGUCAAGGCUCGGAGUACAAUCGUCAGCAUGGCCGAUUCAAUGACUUUGAUCUUAGAGAGCGGGGUCGGUAUUCAGAGGGUUCAUCUGCAUCAUCUUUUGAUAGACGUGACCGGUUUGUGAACCAGGGAGAUGGCAAAAAGAACUUUAACAAGAAUUUCAGUGACUCAAGAAGAAGUGAGCCAGCGCAACCACGAAAUGAGCCACGGGACACAGAUAGGCGAGAUCGGGAUGAACGACGCCCAGUAGGUAUUGACAGACCAGGUGCAAACAGAUCUGAUGGCCCAGGUCAUGACAGAAGGCUCAGUAAUCCAGAUAUGCAGCAUGGGCGUCCUCAAAGAGAUCCUACAGGAAAAGUAGCACGACCAACUUCCUGGAAAGAAGGAGGAAUGGGAACAGAUAAACGGGAAGCAAGAACUGACAGACCAGGUCGUGAUGCACCUGGUCAUUCUGCCAGAGGUGGGCAUAGUAAUCGUGGUGGUAAAUCUGUCUAUGGUGGCAGAGAUAAUGAUCGUGGAGUAAUUGUUGGAGACCGUGGGAGUGGUGGUCAACACUAUAAUGAAGGAAGGCCUAUUGGCCCUGGACGUGACAAUGCUGGGCCAAGAAAAGAAUGGCAUGGUCCCAACACACACGGUAGUGGAUAUGAUGGCAGGCGGAUGCCAGAUGGUCGCAGCGGGGGCAUAAUGUCAUCACAUUCCAGUAAUUCUGCAAUAAACAGAGUUGUACAGAUGCCAGGAUCUGUUCCCCGAGGAAGUGGUUCUGGAUUCAAGUCCUAUAAAGGAGCACCUCCAAGAAGAUAUUAAAGCUUCUGUUACCCAUGUUUCAAGAUAACUUAUUCAUUUGUUAAAUACUUACUAAUUUGACAGGGCUUUAACACAGUGUCUCACUUAGCAUUUUUUUUUUUUUUUUUUUAAAUCAUUGAGGAUUAUCUUUUAUUGGUGAAUUCAGUUUAAGUAAAC